CGCAUUCCUCAACACAACUCGGCGGUGACGUCACCCGACGUUUCGGAUGCGCUCGUUUCCGAACGGUGACGUCACCGCCGCGUUCUGAUACAUUCCUCGUCCUGCGUUGUGACGUCACGUCGGAAGUGGACCGACGAAGGGAGCGCGAGAGGAGAGAGAGAGUGGAGAGUCAAACGGGCAGCUGUGGCAAGAGCAGCAGCAGCUGUGGUAGCAAACAGCAGCAACAGCAGCAACAACAACAACAGCAGCAAGAGUGGCAGUAAGUCAACAAGCACAAGCUGUAGCAGCAGCAGUGAAAGCAGACCCGGAGCAACACAAUAGGAGUACGACCACCAGCUGCAUACAAGCAGCAGCAACAACAGCAGCAGCAGUGGCUCCAGCAGAGUUGCUGCAUCAUCAGCAGCAGCAGCGGCGGCGGCGGCAUUAACAACAGAGCAGCCUUACUCGUACCAGCGGUCGCUGCAGUGGCUGCAAUCGGUGAGGAUAACAAUAGGGAUAGCAACAGCGGUAACAAUAGGAGCGCAGCAUCGGCAGCAACGAAUGCGGCAACAUUGGCGGCAUCAAGGGCAGCUGUAACAAACUACUGCUGCUAGCAACAGCAACAACAGCAGCAGCAACAACAGCAUCAGCAGUAAUACGAUCAUCGGCAUCAGCAACAUCGUCGGGACCAACAUCAACAGCAGGAUAAAGCCAAAAUAGCAUCAGCAACUACUGCAAUAGCAACAGCAUUCCACAAUCCCAACAGUGGCAUCAAGUUCAGCAGCAGCAGGAGUAGCAUCAGCAGCAUCAUCAUCAGCAGCAUCAGGGUCACCACAUCUGGUCGUCGUCAUAGUCAUCCCGUGCUGCCCAGGGGGCUCCUGCGGCGGGAGUCGAACCCAGACGCGGCCGCCUCGGAUACCGGCGGCGCGAUGAGCGGCGCGGGCGAGGUGGUGUGCAGCGGGUGGCUUCGCAAGUCGCCGCCGGAGAAGAAACUGCGCAGAUACGCGUGGAAGAAGCGGUGGUUCGUGCUGCGCAGCGGGCGACUGAGCGGCGACCCGGACGUGCUCGAGUACUACAAGAGCGAGGGCUCGCGCAAGCCGCUGCGCAUCAUCGACCUCAACCUGUGCGAGCAGGUGGACGCCGGCCUCAGCUUUGACCGCAAGGAGUUCCUGCACUCCUUCAUCUUCGACGUGCGCACGCUCGACAGGACCUUCUACCUGGUGGCUGACAGCGAGGAGGAGAUGAACAGAUGGGUGCAGUGCAUCUGCAGCGUCUGUGGCUUCAACCCGCACGAUGACGACCAAGUCAAGAGCAACAGCGCGGCCGUCGGUAGCGGCCCGCUACGUCGCACGUCCGCCACGGGGGGGGCGGCCGUCUCCCAGCAGCCCCUGCUGUCGGAGGGCGGCGCGGUGACGUCGCCGCCGCCGCCGUACGCGCUGCCCACCGCGGGCGGCGGGCACGGCGAGUCGGAAGCACCGAGGCAGGACGGCACGAGCGGGGACGGCCAGGAGUACUUCCUGCUGGCCGAGUGCGUGACCCCCUCGUCGUCGGCCGAAGGAAGCUCCACACGCUCCACCGCACCGGCACCCCGGGCGGAUGAGUACUUCUUGCUGGGGGACUGCGGUGUCAACUGCACGCCCGCCGACCCGAGUCCCGUGUGCGACACCGACCUCAACCACAACGCGCCGCCCCCCGUGACCUCCAAAGGGGUCAUGAACGGGGUCGUGCCCCCGGCGUACGACCUGGCCCCUGGCCCGCCCUGCCCCCCGCUCCCUCCGCCCCCCUCCGCCACGGCAGAUCAGCUGGAGGUGGACGGGGACCUCUCGGGAGGCAUCUACAGCUACCCCCGCAGCUACUCCAUGAGCAGCGAGCAGCCCACCUACGACACCCCCCCGUCGGCCCCCACCUCGUCCUCGCUCUACCAGGUCCCCUGCGUCUUCCGCUUCGACGGCGGGCAGACCACUCCGGCCGCCUCCGCGGGCGGCGCCUCCCCCACCUCGCUGUCGGGGGGCCCCGCGCUGCCGCCCGACGCGGGGACGCCCCCGCCGCGGCCCCCCAAACCGAGCGCCGGCACGCCGGCCGGAGAGAGGGACGCCGAGGCGGCCAACGGUGGCGGCGGCGCCGGCGUGUACAGCUACCCGCGCUCGCAGUCGGAGAGCGACGGAGGCCUCUACCUGGUUCCGCCGCCCACCGUGGCGCGGAGGAGCAACACCAUCUCCAGCCUGGACGGAGCUAAGGCGGCGCGCGACUCAUACCGGCUGGACAGCUACGACUACCCCCGCACGACGGUGAGCGACGUGGGUCACUCGCUCGAGUCCGUGGGCGACGGGUACAGCUCGUACAUGCGCAAGAAGAGCUUGCAGGGCGGCUCCGAGUCCGACCUGGAGCAGAACUACGUGGCGAUGGUGCCGAGCCCGGGUCACGAGAUCGACUCGCCCGUGACCUCCGACACCAACUACAUCCCCAUGAGCCCCGCCCACGUCGAGGGCCUCUCCCCGCCGACCUCCCAGGGGGGGCCGCCCCUCACCGCAGCUGCCGCCGCUGCCGCCCCGGCCCCGGGCUCCGGCCCGUCCGCGGUGCCGCCCCCCCCCGCCGCGCCCAGGAGGGGCUCCAACGGUGGCCCCCCGAGGCGCUCGGUGGUGCCCGCCGAGGUGCAGCUUCCGCCCCCCGUCAACCGCGACCUCAAACCCGACCGCAAGGGGGGCGAUCGCAAAGGAGCCAAGCCGCCCCCCCUCGUCAUUAAACCGGUCGACGACAUCGAUGGACUCAUGCAGGCGCCGGUGCGAUCGCCGCUCACCAAGACCUACGGACCGCAGAAAGGCCCCUCGUUCCGCUACAGCCGCAGGCCGGACUCGGUGCACAGCACGGCCUCCAGCUCAGGCUCCGAGGAGGCCGACCCCCCCUACAUCCCCAUGAAGAACCAGCCUGCGAGCGCGUCGCCCACGCAAACGGCGUCGAACGCCGGGAGCCCCAUGCCGCCUGGCGCACGCGACUGCGUCGAGUACCUCAAGCUCGACCUGCCCGGGUCGCCCGCUUCUACCAAGCAGAAGUCGGCCGCCCCGAGCCCGGCGCUCACGGAGGAGAAGGUGGACUACGUGACGGUGGACAAGGAGAAGACGCUGGCGCUGCAGAACACCAAGGAGGCGUGGCAGGACAAGCGGCAGAUAUCGGAGAACGACGUGCCGUCCAAGGGCACCAAGUGACGCCGCCUCGCCUCCCACCACCCCCUCGGCCCCGCGGCAACUCGGACUCGAGAGCUAAAAACUGAAAAACAAAACGCGCUGCGGAAUGCGAGAAGCACUGCUGCCCAGGAUGGACGAACGCGCAGCGGCAGUUUAGUUUUUUUUUAUCUUAUCUCACCGGCGCCAGCGGUAGAGUUUCUAUCAUCCUCCUGGCUUGCGGUGAGACGUGAGCGAGCGAGCGAGGCCGUGCGACGAUCACCGAAACCGGACGAGCGGUGCGGUGCAGCGGCGAUGACGGCGGCGUUCAUGGCUGAGCCCACACCGGUGCACGGCCCGCUGCUUGGAUGAGAGGCGGCGCUGCUGGGCGCUGCCACGCCUGCCUGCCGGUGGUAUCUCCGUCUGUCCGCUGGGCGCCAGCGAAGAACCACGUCGAUGCAGAUCGCGAGCAGAGCACGCCACCCACCCGCCCCUCCCAUCGGCGUGGGAUUUAACUUUCAAAUAUUGUUUCGUACUUUAUACAUCAACUGUCGAUUUUUUUUAACUCUACACAGUUUCUACUUGAGCAACUGCUACAAUGUCGCCGUCUAGUUUUUAUUUUAUUUUGUACUCCCCCCCCCACCCCCACCCCGAGAUGUUAAUUUUAUUGCCCGUGGUGAACGUUGUGGUGCAAACCGGUAACAAUGCAAAAGGGAACACCCUUCACAGCUGAUUUUUUAAAUACAGCCUGUAUACAGUCUAUAUAUAUACAGUAUAUAAACAUGGACGAUGACUUCUGCGACGGUCGGCGGCGAAGCCAUCGCCGGCCGUACUCGUCGCCAUGGCUACCAUCACCGAUGAACUCGUCGUCCGCUCCGCCCGGUGGAAAGGAGGUCGCCCGAUCACUACGGCAACACCUCGCGAACUCGCAAAACAAUCUGAGGGCCGGCGUCCACCCUCCGUCAGGGCGGAAUUGCCGGUCAAGAUGAACUGGUGGACUUGACUGAUCAGGGUGAACUAAUGGAAUGUCCAUGGAAGAUGGACCAGCUUGAUCAGGGUGGACUAAUGGAAUGUCCAUGGAAGUUGGCCCGGCUUGAUCAGGGUGGACUAAUGGAAUGUCCAUGGAAGUUGGCCCGGCUUGAUCAGAGUGGACUAAUGGAAUGUCCAUGGAAGUUGGACCAGCUUGAUGAGGGUGGACUAAUGGAAUGUCCAUGGAAGAUGGACCGACUUGAUCAGGGUGGACUAAUGGAAUGUUCAUGGAAGAUGGACCGGCUUGAUCAGGAUGGACUAAUGGAACAUGUCUGGUCAGGGUGGUCUAUUGGACUGGCUGAUCAGGUUGACUUUGGUGGGCUAAUGGACUCGCAGGUGAAUGUGGACUCAUGGAUUUGCUGAUUAGGGUGGACUAAACCAUCUGUUCAGGGGUGGAAUUUCUCGUCGAGGUCGAGCGCCUGGUCAUGUUGGACCUUUAGUUGAAUCGUGGUAGACACAGCGGUCAGGGCGAAGAUCUCCUCCCAAGGUGAACUCGCCACUCCCACGAUGGACCUGCUCCAGCGACGAUGAACCGAGUGGACGAGUCCAGUGCUGGACUCGUCCGAGGGUGGACUCGCGGAUUUUCCGGUUGAAGUGGAGCUGUUCUCAUAGGUCAGGGUGGACGUUCCGGAUAGAGCCAUGGGGCUGUGCCGGGAACGGCAAGUGACGGGGAGCUUCGUGCCGUGGCCGGUCGUCGCAACAUCACCCGUCUGCCUUCUUAACCCCCCCCCCCCGCCGCGCGCGCCUGCCCAAAGACGCAAAAAAAUACUCGUGAAAUGACAAAAAAAUUGAACAGAUUUGUAGAAAAAAUAUAUAAGAAUAAUGCUGUGGUUUUACAUAACGAUUUCAAAUCAUGUUUUGUAAGAAAGACGCCUUGGUUCACGUUUGCGUUUGUCGUUGUCCAUCAUUUUGUCCGGUUUGUUUUGUUUUACAGAAAACAGGAGGGAGUUGUUGUUGUUGUAAAAAUGGUUGAAGUUGCAGUUUGUCUCAUUUUAGUAUUUGCGCGAGCACUUGAUGGCGGGGGGGAUGCUCGGAUUUUGAGGAGGGGCUGUCAUGCCUCCCCCCCUCCCAACCUCUCCCCCCCUCUUCCUGCCACGUCGUCGCCCUCUCACUGUGCCCCCCCCCCCAAACAAAACCACCAACUCCAUUGUAGCCCACGUGAACCCUGACCCCUGGGGUAAGGUCGCCAAACCCAGCGGUAAAUUUGUCAACAGUCGCAACAAAGGAGAGGGCAUCCCGGGCCGAAUGAUGUCGGCAGAAAGGAAAUGCCAAAUAGAGACAAGACGUCGCCUCUCCCCCUGUCGCGUACCGCUGCUGCUGCUGCUGCGUGGCUGGGUCUCGCCGCUUGUCGUUCGGCGACGAUGUCCGACGUUUCGCUCCAACGUGCCGGGAGCGUCUUCGGGAUCGGAGAAGCUUUCCGGCGUGGCGAGUGACACGCCGGAUGAUCACACCGAACGGUGCCACGAUACAGCUCGAAACACAUCGGGGGGGGGGGGGGGGGGGGGGGGUGAUGUAUUAGCUGAAUUACGUUCGGCUUCUCCGAUAGCUGAUUGGACAGUGGUGAUGAUGACGAUGAUGGCCGGAGUGGAAUUUCAUUAAUUUAUCUCUAAUGUACGCGUGCGACCCUUUUGUCAACUCCGCCGCUGGACGAGGACCUCCGCGUGCCGUGCGUAUCGAUGGGGGGAGAAGGUUGGGAGGGGGGGGGCGCUUGUUUCACCAUACUUCACCACGCCUGCCAGUGCGGACUGGCCGGCGGCGCCCACCCCCGGGUUAAGCGGUCGGUGGCGGUGCCCUCGGUUGAGAUUGUGCGCUGCUGCUGCUGCCUUCGACUACGAUGGGUUUAUUUCUAUUUAUUCUCGACCGCGCGCCGUCGACGUCGCUAGGAACGGGGAGGUGCGCGGUAUUCGCGAGGUCAGGUGACCUCAGCCCCUUGGGGGGGGGGGGGGGUGGUCCAGAGAAGCUAUGCAACAGCCCCUCGUGAUGAGGCGCUCACAGUUGGUCCUUGAGAAAUUAAAAUUGAGCAAAAACAAUAAUAUUAAAAACAGCGGCACCAACAGCAACAAUAAUAAAUAAUAAACAUCCAAGACCAUUCUCAGCCA